AUGCUGGACCCUGCAGUGUUCAGCCCUGAGGUCGCCACCGCUGCUACGCGCAAGCAGAUACCGGACGCCUGCAUCGCUGCCGCUUCCUUCCCCAAGCCAGCAGCUCGCUCCUUUCUAGGGACGCGCCUGUCUCUUAAAGGGGCCAGGUCCCGGCGCUGCCUCCGCUUGCAGCUACGCCCGAGGUCCCGGCACCACUUACAGCCCAGCCUCCGCCUGCCUGCUGCUGCUGCUACGCCCACGGCGGCCCCUGCUGUGGCCCCACUUGGUGCCACUGCUCUGCUCGAGGAGGCUGCUGCUGCGGCCCCGCCUCUGGCUGCGCCCGAGGCUCCUGCUAUGGCUCUGCCUGUCCUGCCCGUGUCGCCGGCUCCGCCUACUGCUCUGCCUGCAGCUACGCCUGCUGUAUCGCCUCCUGCUCCGCCCAAGGCUCCUAAGCCUCCGCCUCCUGCUCCACCCGAGGCUCCUAGGCCUCCGCCUCCUGCUUCGCCCGAGGCCCAGGCUCCUGCUCAGGUGCUGCCUGCGCCUGUUGUUCAGGCUCUGCUCUCGCUGGCCCAGUCUCUGCCAAUCCCGGUCCCUGCUCCAAUUCCCACAGCCCUGGUCCCAGUCCCCGAGGAGGUCCCAGACAAUCUGCCCACCGCUCCUUCCUCCUUGGAGGAGGAGCUCGAAUGGGAUCCCUCGGGGAUCUCCCUACUGACUCCAUUACCCUUGCCCCAGCGAGGUCAGCACCCACGAAGACCCCGCCUUUCAGUGUCCCGUAAGGGAAGGGGACUCAAGCGCAGGGCCAGGGUUCGUCUUGUUCCCGGUCUCGUCCUGUCCGCCGUUCCCUUUGGGGCAUGCGUGUCUUAG